UUUUCCGCAUUUUCCAUAGGACUAUUUUACAAAUGCAAACAAAGAGUUGAAGAAAGACACCCAGCAAGAUUACCACCUGGAAUAUGCCAUGGAAAAUGAUACACACACAGUAAUUGAGUUUACCAGAGAACUGCAUACAUGCGACAUAAAUGACAAGAGCAUAACGGAUAGCACGGUGCGAGUGAUCUGGGCCUAUCACCAUGAGGAUGUGGGAGACACCGGUCCCAAGUACCACGACUCCAACCGGGGCACGAAGAGUCUGCGGUUACUCAAUCCUGAGAAAACCAGUGUGUUGCCGACAGCCUUGCCAUAUUUUGACCUGGUAAAUCAGGACGUCCCCAUCCCAAACAAAGGUACGACGUACUGGUGCCAAAUGUUUAAGAUUCCUGUGUUCCAGGAAAAGCAUCAUGUAAUAAAGGUUGAGCCAGUGAUACACAGAGGCCACGAGAGCCUGGUCCACCACAUCCUGCUCUAUCAGUGCAGCAGCAACUUUAACGACAGUGUCCUGGACUACGGCCACGAGUGCUACCACCCAAACAUGCCUGAUGCCUUCCUCACCUGUGAGACUGUGAUCUUCGCCUGGGCCAUUGGUGGCGAGGGUUUUUCCUACCCACCUCAUGUUGGAUUAUCCCUUGGCACUCCGUUAGAUCCUCAUUAUGUGCUUCUAGAAGUCCAUUAUGAUAAUCCGACACAUAAGAAGGGCUUGAUAGAUAGUUCUGGGCUAAGGCUAUACCAUACCACGGAUUUAAGGAAGUACGAUGCUGGGGUGAUUGAGGCUGGCCUUUGGGUGAGCCUCUUCCAUACCAUCCCCCCAGGGAUGCCGGAGUUCCGCUCUGAGGGUCACUGCACCCUGGAAUGCCUACAGGAGGCUCUGGAAGCUGAGAAGCCAAGCGGAAUCCACGUGUUUGCAGUUCUUCUCCACGCUCACCUCGCUGGCAGAGGCGUCAGGCUGCGGCAUUUUCGCAAAGGGAAGGAAAUGAAAUUACUUGCUUAUGAUGACAGUUUUGACUUCAAUUUCCAAGAGUUUCAGUAUCUAAAGGAAGAACAAACAAUCUUGCCAGGAGACAACCUCAUUACUGAAUGCCGCUACAAUACAAAGGAUAGAGUUGGCAUGACAUGGGGAGGACUAAGCACCAGGAAUGAAAUGUGUCUCUCCUACCUGCUUUACUACCCAAGAAUUAAUCUCACCAGAUGUGCAAGCAUUCCCGACAUCAUGGAGCAACUUCAGUUCAUCGGUGUGAAGGAGAUCUACAGACCAGUCACGACAUGGCCUUUCAUUAUCAAAAGCCCCAAGCAGUAUAAAAACCUUUCUUUCAUGGAUGCAAUGAAUAAGUUUAAAUGGACUAAAAAGGAAGGGCUGUCCUUCAACAAGCUGGUCCUGAGCCUGCCCGUGAACGUGAGGUGUUCCAAGACAGACAAUGCGGAGUGGUCGAUCCAGGGAAUGACGGCCUCACCCCCCGACGUAGAAAGGCCAUACAGAGCCGACCCUCUGGUGUGCAGAGCGUCCUCCUCCUCCGCCCCGCACGGAAGCCUGUCUCUCGCGCUGCUCCUGUGCGUUCUCCUGCUCAGCGGCGCGCUGAGCACCCAGUGCUUGUGAUCACAGUACUGCUGUACUUGGUGACCGCAUUUCCUGUGGUCUGAGUCUGCCGUUUCAAGCACAGAUCAGAGACGGUCCCCUUGCGGCGUGAAGAGCGCGGAGACUUAGUUUUGUACCCUGCUUCCCUCCCCGCCCCCGUUCCCUCUCUACCCGAGAGACACCACCUCUGCUCUUGUCGGUGAGCAGCCCUGACUUUGGUGUUUUUAAAGAUACCCACUCUGGCUUAUCCGAGUCUGUUCGUGACCCCAGACCAUCCACACCCGUCAUGAAGUACGCUUACCCCUCUUGUGCUCAGUACUGGGAGGUUAAGUUUCUUUCUGAAAUUCUGUCACUGUCUACAAGGAAAGAGGUUAUGAGCAAUGCAGAAAUGGUAGUCCUCAGUUGGAGACAGAAGAAAGUAUAACUGGCUGUGCGCUCCACGCCUGGGAUUCCACGCCUGGGAUUCCACGCUGUGAGAUUCCACCCGUGAGAUGCCACCCGUGAGAUUCCACACCUCGGAUUCCACGCCUGGGAUUCCACGCCAGUGCAGAGUGAGAGAGCCCGGCCAGGAAGCAGGAAGUGCGUGCCGCUCCUCACCAGCCGCACUGGGUUUGCACACGUGCUGCAAACUUGCCCGUUUGAGUCAUCGUUCUCAUUGCAGAUUUAUUUUUAUAUUAGUUCAUAAACUAACUUUGAAUGUAAGAUCACCACCCAUGGAAACUUCUGUCACCCCUUUGGUUCUCUUAGUAGAAUUCAGCCAUGGCUUGCUUUAUGUCCUAUCUUCAUUUUUUAAGCUAAAUCCAUUUGGAUCAUAUUAGUAAACUAAACAAAAUGAAAUUUUUGUGUAGCAUCUUAUGCACUCUAGAGAAGCAAGCAGUUCCAUCGAUGUGGUCAAUGAAAUCGAUCGAGAAUUUACAUUUUUCUAUUCUACUUGUAAGCCCUUUCUGUCCCAAAACAAUGUCUUCAACAUAAACUAUAUUGUCUUUUAAUAAAUGUUAUGUUUUGGAAUGUUUCCUUCUUGAUA